CAAUAUAGAUACCUCCCACCUCCCCGUCCUCACCGUCGUCGGCUCUGACCUCCCAUCUCCUGUCCCGACCCAGACGUAGCAGCGCUUCAACCAACUGCCCGCACUCGCUCGAAGCUGACUGCUCGUAUAUGUCCUAAUCAAGGUCUUGACGACCCUAUUAUUAGCUAAUUUCACAACGCCCUCUUCUCACGACCCCAACACCCAUCAACCAAGAUGUUGUCGAAUCCGCUUCACAGGUUCUCGACUUACCACAUCCCAUCGAGUACGCUGUUAUCGAAUGGCCAUGUUCCGGCCGGUCACCUGCAUUCUGCCGGCCUCGACACACUAGCCCCAAGCUCUCACUACGCUCUCCAGCAGCUUCAGCAACAUGUAGGCGUUCACAACCCGCACCUCGCCCGGGCCGGGCCCCAACCGAAGCACAGGCAGCAUCCUUAUGGGCCUGCCGCCAGAUCUGCCGGGGCAGGUGGACCGAUUCGAAGGAGGAUUAGCAGAGCUUGCGAUCAAUGUAACCAACUACGGACGAAAUGCGAUGGCCAACACCCCUGUGCUCAUUGCAUUGAGUUCCAAUUAGGCUGCGAAUACAUCCGGGAACGCAAGAAGCGCGGCAAGGCAUCACGGAAAGAUCUUGCUCAACAAGCGGCGGCCCAGGCAGCGGCGGCAGCAGCAGCAGGCCAAAAUGGCCAGAAAUCCGAGACCCAGACGAACGAAAACAGCCAGUCAGCAGAGAGCCGGAGUGAAACACCAACCAGCACCAAGCCGUCCUUGACUCUGAACACCGAUCAGCCAUCGGCUUCAGAAAAGAGCAUGACGGAUAAUUCGGAUGACGCGCUCAGGGGCCAGAGGACAGGCAGCAUGGAGACAUUGGGUGAUAUGAGCGCGCACCCAGGACACAUGACAAACCACCCCGGGGCGCUUGACAGGGACCAUCUCGAUAGCCCAACAGCCCUGGAUCUAAACGGAUAUGGUGCUGUCCACCCUGCGGCAUAUGAGCGCCAGAUGAGCGCACACAUGAUGGCCGGUCCGGCCCACGCGCCAUACGGUCCCAACCACGGCAGCAUGUCCAACUACCCUGACCUGCCCUACGCACUACAAACACAGAGCCCGACCGGGUACUCAGCCAAUGCCGCCAAUGGCUUCCGCCUCGCAAACAGCCCUCUCAGCGCUUAUCCCAUGGCAGGGGAAACCGCAUCGCCCGGCGGUUGGAUGAACAUGUCGUCCCCGCCACCUCAAUUCGCUUCACACGUGCCUCAAAACGGCUAUAACCAUCCCCAGCUACGGUACCCGGUGCUGGAACCACUGAUCGCGCAUCUGGGUAAUAUCAUUCCGCUCUCCCUGGCCUGCGACCUCAUCGACCUCUACUUCGCGAGCUCGUCCUCGGCCCAGAUGCACCCAAUGUCGCCUUACGUCCUGGGGUUCGUCUUCCGAAAGCGCUCGUUCCUGCAUCCAAGCAAGCCCCGUCAGUGCCAGCCAGCCCUCCUUGCCAGCAUGCUGUGGGUUGCCGCACAGACCAGCGAUGCUCCUUUCCUGACGAGCGUACCGUCGGCCCGUGGCAAGAUCUGCCAGAAGCUGUUGGAGCUGACUGUCAGCCUCCUCAAACCGCUCAUCCACACACCUUCGGAAGAGACCUCGCCCGUCACUAGUCCCAUUGUGGAUGGCGUCGCCUUAGGCGGCCUGGGCGUUGCGCUUCCUGGAUCCAUCAGCAUGGAGGCUCUUACCAGCGAGUCCGGCGCUUUCGGCGCAGCCGGCACCCUCGACGACGUCAUCACCUACAUCCACCUGGCGACGGUAGUAUCCGCGAGUGAGUACAAGGGAGCCAGUCUGCGGUGGUGGAACGCCGCAUGGUCGCUUGCUCGCGAGCUUAAGCUCGGGCGGGAGUUGCCACAGAAUGCGCCGGCGAGCCGCCAAGGAGGAUCCGCUGAUAUUGACGGCGAGGGCGGCGGUAUUCCCGGCGUCAUCACUGAGGAGGAACGUGAGGAAAGGCGCCGGAUCUGGUGGUUGGUCUACAUUGUCGACCGCCAUCUUGCCCUGUGCUACAACCGUCCGCUUUUCCUUCUCGACAUCGAGUGCGAGGGCCUCUAUCAGCCAAUGGACGACACCGAUUACCAGAACGGCAACUUUCACGCCUACACCGACCCGAACGUUCUGGCCUCGGACCCCGCGACUAGUCACAACCGGGCACGCGGACCCUCGUUUGUGUGCACCGGCCACAGCAUCUUUGGCUACUUCCUGCCUCUGAUGACCAUUCUUGGCGAGAUCGUCGACCUCCACCACGCGAGGAACCAUCCUCGGUUCGGUGUCGGAUUCCGCUCGUCCCGUGAGUGGGAUGACCAGACUUCGGAGAUCACCCGCCACCUGGAUUUGUACGAGCAAAGCUUGAAGGAAUUUGAGCAGCGCCACCUCAGCCUCAACGCGCAGGCCCAGGCCGCGGAUGAGAAGGCCGCCGAAGCCGCUGGCGUCCCUACCGCAAACGACCUGCCCGGUACACCGUCAGGCCACAGCGUCCACAGCGUGCACACCACCUCGAGCCGCAUGACCGAGAGCGACAUCCAGACGCGCAUCGUCAUGGCGUACGGCACCCACGUCAUGCACGUGCUGCACAUCCUCCUCACCGGCAAGUGGGAUCCCAUCAACCUUCUCGACGACAACGACCUCUGGAUCAGCAGCCAAGGCUUCAUCACAGCCACGGGACACGCCGUCAGCGCCGCCGAGGCUAUCAGUAACAUACUCGAGUAUGACCCGGGCCUCGAGUUCAUGCCGUUCUUCUUCGGCAUCUACCUACUGCAGGGCUCCUUCCUGCUGCUCCUUAUCGCCGACAAGCUGCAGCUGGAGGCGUCGCCGAGCGUGGUCAAGGCUUGCGAGACCAUCAUCCGGGCGCAUGAGGCGUGUGUGGUCACGCUCAAUACUGAGUAUCAGCGCAACUUUAGCAGGGUCAUGCGCAGCGCGCUCGCCCAGGUCCGCGGCCGUGUGCCCGAGGACCUUGGCGAGCAGCACCAGCGCCGGAGGGAGCUCCUUGCGCUGUACAGGUGGACUGGCGAUGGCACCGGUCUGGCACUCUAGGUUGCAUGACAGGUUCUAUUUUCCGCGUCCCCUUGUCAACGUGGAUAUCCUAUUGGCUUUCCUCGUUGUCAUAUUUUCUCUUGUCUCCACCUAUACAUGACACGCAACGGGGCUGGUUGUGCUGGUGUUUUAUUGCUCUUUGUCCCCACGUUCGGCCGGCGAUUGCUUUCUUUGGCUGGCGUCGGAGUGGCUUCAAUUUGCUCUUUCUCUAGGAGUCUUCACGAGGGGCCUCAAAACAUAAGGGCAGGUCAAAGGAGGUUGGAUACUGGUGGGUGGGUGGG